AUCAGAUCAAACAGUACCAGAUUGAACAAUCCCACCAUCUCUUGGAUUUUCAUCUACACAGAUCAUCCUUUUCCUCCAUUAAACCCCCAUUAAUCCGCUGUAUUCUAGUGUAGAUCAUGGACAAAAACCAGAAUCCAUCGAACAGUAAUACCAACAAGGAUCACAAUCCCCCAAUUUUAGAUGAUUCCGGCGACAUUGAACCCGCUGAACUCAUUCUCUUUCAAGUCUCUGAAUGUUACGUCUAUUUGAUACCUCCAAGGAAGACUGCAGCUUCCUACAGGGCUGAUGAAUGGGAUAUAAACAAAUGGGCUUGGGAGGGAACAAUGAAAGUAGUAAGCAAGGGAGAAGAGUGUAUUAUCAAACUUGAAGAUAAGACAACAGGUGAACUGUAUGCCCGGGCAUUUUUAAGAGAUGGAGAGCCUCAUCCUGUGGAGCCUGUAAUUGAUAGCAGCCGAUAUUUUGUUUUACGUGUGGAAGAGAACAUUGGUGGUCGUCUUCGCCAUGCUUUUAUUGGUAUAGGCUUUAGAGAAAGACCUCAAGCAUAUGAUUUCCAAGCCGCUCUUCAUGAUCAUAUGAAGUACCUUAACAAGAAGAAAACUGCCGAAGAGAUGGAACAGCAGUUCCAACAGACUUCUUCAGUUGAUUACAGUUUAAAAGAUGGAGAAACUCUGGUGCUUCAACUAAAAAAUAAAGGUGGUAGCAGCAUGAGGUCCAAGUUCUUCGAGCAGGGACUAAAUAAUCCCGCAGAUCAAAAAGAAAAGGGUAAGAAGGAGGUUGCAAUUACUAGUAUACCACCACCACCACCGCCUUCACCACUUUCACCACCAGUUAAUGCCGUAAACAACCCUCUGGCACCCUCAAGGUUGGCUCUUGAUGAAAGUCCAAAAGAUAAGUCUUUGACCUCAGUUGACCAGCAACCAAAUGAACCUCAUUCUGCUCAAGACCUGCCAGAUGAUGAUUUUGGAGAUUUUCAAGCAGCAUAAUGCUGCUGUUUUAUGAAUGUUUGGUUUGAACUCAAAGUUGCCACAGAUCUCCAUGUCUUUUUUUUUAUUAUUACUAUAAUAUAAUGGGUUGGUAAAUAUCGCAUUUUCUUAUAUAUCAUUUGUUUUGAUUUUUUUUUCUGUUUAUCUACAAAACAUGUGUCAUCCAGUUUUUUCUUCUUCUCUAUUAUUA